AUCUCCAAUUCCAAUCCCUCAUUUUUCUCCUGCCCUUUUCCCGCUUAAUCGGUGCACCUCUUCUCUGUUCUUGCUUGCGUCGUAACCCUCUCACAGUUUCUUAAAUGGAUGAGGAGAAUUUUGAGGAACAAGUUACAAGUGAAAUGCCUGAGGACCCAGAUCCCCUUGAGACGGAUGAGGAGAAUUUUGAUGAACAAGUUACACGUGAAAUACCCGAGUACCCAAAUCCCCUUGAGACGGAUGAGGAGAAUUUUGAUGAACAAGUUACAAGUGAAAUACCCGAGGACCCAAAUCCCCUUGAGACGGAUGAGGAGAAUUUUGAUGAACAAGUUACAAGUGAAAUGCCCGAGGACCCAAAUCCCCUUGAGACGGAUGGAAUUCCCGAGGAGACAAUCUCACCUGAAACUCAAGAUUCUGAAAAAGAUUUAGCAGUUGAAGUACAGAGAUGGCCUGGAUGGCCUGGAGAAAAUAUUUUCAGGAUGUUGGUUCCCACGUCCAAGGUUGGUAGUUUAAUUGGUCGGAAGGGUGAGUUCAUAAAGAAAAUGUCCGAGGAGACAAAGGCUCGUAUCAAGAUACUUGACGGCCCAUCAUGCAAUAUGGAAAGAGCUGUAUUGGUUUCUGCAAAGGAAGAGCCGAGUCUCACUCUAUCUCCUGCUAUGGAAGGUUUGUUAGCGGUUCAUGCGCACAUUGUUGAUCUAAACAGUGAUCAGCCUCAACCAGGGAAAGUUUCCACAAGGCUUCUAGUGGCAUCUAUCCAAGCCGGAAUCUUGAUUGGAAAGCAGGGAGCCACCGUAAAUUCUAUCCAGGAUGAAUCUGAUUGCACAAUUCGUGUUCUUUCAGGAGAGAACCUGCCAACUUUUGCUUUGUCAGAUGACAGUGUUGUUGACAUACAAGGAGAGCCCCAAAAUGUGCAUAAAGCAGUUGAACUGAUUAUAACCCAUCUCAGAAAGUUUUUGGUUGACCGGAGCAUUGUUCAGGUUUUCGAAACGCAAAUGCAAAUGCCAAAUGCUCGAGCAGCCCAGAACAUGCCUCCAUCUUGGGGGGCAUCACCUCAAGGUUUUCUGAAUAAUGCUGGUGCUGGACCUGGCUAUAUGCAUAGCGAUCCUCCAUACAGACCACCUCCACGUAAAUAUGACAAUUACUAUCCUCUAGCCGAUAUGCCUCCCCCAGACAAUCAUCCUCGACAGGGUCCAUUGUCUUAUGGAAGAGAUGGUCUUAUGGGAGUUAGUACGCCUAGUGCACAACCUCAACAAUCCUUUAUUUCUAAGGUUGGACAGACCAUGCAAAUUUCUUUAUCAUAUGCAGAUGCUGUAAUUGGGACCUCAGGUGCAACGAUUAGUUACAUUCGGCGUGCUAGUGGAGCAACAAUAGCCAUACAGGAGAUGGGCGGUGGAGUGGGUGAGAUGACUGUCGAAAUAAAUGGUUCAGCAUCCCAAGUGCAGGCUGCUCAACAGUUGAUACAGAAUGUGAUUGCGGAUGUUUCUACUGCUGCAGCCCCGCAGAUUCCAGCAGCAGCGGCUCCAACUGGUCAAGCUUACCCCAAUUAUCCCAGCUACGAUAAUGCAGCUCCUCCUCCAGAUUACAGUUAUGGAACCCACUAUGGGUACUAGUUAAGCUAGCUCAUGUAUGUAUCAGGUACCCAACAUUUUUAGUAUGAAAAAAAGUGUUGGCACUCUCUUUUGUUUCUUUCUCUAAUGUGGGAGGUUUUCAAAAUAUACAUUUGACUCAAUAGACAUGUUUUUGGGUCCCCGCCCGCAACUUGCGAUAAAUGGUAAGUGGGAUUUUGUCACCACUAGCAGUGCCAUACAAUGUUCAACUACACUUUGCUUAUGUG